CCACAGCGGGGUGCGGCCAUGGCGCGGGUGCUCAUCGUGGGCGCCGGGCUGACGGGCAGCCUGUGCGCGGCGCUGCUGAGGAAGGAGACGCCCCGGCCCGUGCACCUCGCGGUGUGGGACGAGGCCGGGGACUCAGGGGGAAGAAUGGCUACAGCCAGGAGUCCUUGCAAUUCGCAGAGCACCGUUGACUUGGGAGCCCAAUACAUCACCUGCACUCCCCAUUAUGCUAAAAAACACCAGAGGUUUUAUGAUGAACUGUUAGCUCGUGGCAUUUUGAAACCUCUGACCUCUCCGAUUGAAGGGAUGGUGAUGAAGGAGGGAGACUGUAACUUUGUGGCACCUCAAGGACUUUCUUCAGUUAUUAAGCAUUACCUGGAAGAAUCAGGUGCUGAAGUCCACUGCCGACGCCGUGUGACCCAGAUCAACCUGCGGAAUGACAAGUGGGAAGUCUCCAGGGAAGCAGGGCCCCCUGAGCAGUUUGACAUUGUUGUCCUCACGAUGCCAGUUCCGCAGAUUCUGCAGCUUCGAGGCGACAUCACUAACUUAAUUAGUGAAUGCCAAAGGCAGCAACUGAAGUCUGUGAGCUACUCUUCUCGCUACGCUCUGGGCCUCUUUUAUGAAGCUGGUACGAAGAUUGAUGUCCCUUGGGCCGGGCAGUACAUCACCAGUAAUCCCUGCGUACGCUUCAUCUCCAUUGAUAAUAAGAAACGCAAUAUAGAGUCACCAGGAGUCGGACCUUCCCUGGUGGUUCACACAACUGUCCCGUUCGGAGUCACGCACUUGGAGCACAGCACCGAGGACGUGCAGGAGCUAAUCUUUCAGCAGCUGGAAAGCAUUUUGCCAGGUCUGCCUCAGCCAGUGGCCACCAAAUGCCAGAAAUGGAGAUAUUCCCAGUCUUCUAACCCUCGAUGGGUCUAUAGGAUACUCAUCCAAUCUAACCCCGAUUGACUGGCUGUGGCGCCUGAAGCCAUGAGGUGGGAAGGAUGCCGUGGCCACACCUGGGCUCAGUGGGAAAGAAGGCCACAGUUGAUUAGUGAUGGCUGCCAGGGGUUGACUCGCUGGGGUCGCCCCAUCAUCUAUGACACAGUUGAGGAGAUCUGCCCACUUGGUCCUGGAAUUGAUACAUUUACCUGUGUGAAGGAACAAAUCAAUUCUCAGAUAACCAGUCUGUCUCUGUAAGUUUCACUUGAGCCUGCUCCUUUCCUUUGGGUUUAGUGUUGGUCUAAACCAGCAAUGCUGAAGACAUCGGUGUCUGGACCCUGCGAUGUUGUUACCACAAAAGGCGCUGCUUAAAAAAUUCCGCUAUUCAUUAUCACUAGACUUGUUAUGUAUUUGCUCAUAUUAAGUACUCACCAAGCUUCUCCCCUUACCCCAUUUUGUAUUUGCUGUAUUUCACCCAUUGUGAGAUGCCACCAUGUUGGUAUCAGGACAUAUUAGGAGGUUGUUUUCACACGUGUGAACCUGGCUAUUUCGGGUGUUGUAACGUGGGACCACCAUGGCACCUCCUUGAUAUUUUAAUUAGCAAAUUAUCUUAGGAUCAUUUGAGAAAAGAAUAUGACUCCUGGUGGCUGUCUAAAAACCCAUCCUUCCCACCAAAGAGAAAGUGCCUGGUUCAGAACUUGCUAAUCAGGUAUCAGUGGCUCAGAGAAAAUGUGAGCAAGUACAGUUCAGUGGAGCAUCUAUGUAAGAAAUGUCAUGUCACCUGUUGCCCAUGCUCUAGGAGGCACAGGGGACAGAUGAUGUGGGGAAGAGCAUGGAUGUGGACAACUCAGAGCUAAAGAGUGGAGAGGUCACACUCUACACGAAGACAUUUUUGGAAAGGUGGAAACAGUGUUCCUCUUUUAUUUCCUUUCUAUUUCUGCAAAAGGUCUACUUGUAACUAAGUCUAAAAGAACCUUUCUAGUAAGUAUAAAGCUUUGUAUCAUGUUGUCACU